AUGAAAGGUGAUAAUGUACUUAGCCCUCAUAAUAAGCGUGAUGUCCAAAAAUAUGACGAAAGUAAGGUUGAAACUCAAAAGGAUAAAAUUAUUGAUUACUGUGGAAAUUACGUAAGCGGAAUUUUAGUCGUUUUUGCCAGCGAGCCUCUGGAUACAAUCAAAGUGCGAAUGCAAACUUUUCCAACAAUGUACAAAGGAAUGGCCGACUGCUUUCGCAAAACCAUCAAGAGAGACACCAAGACAGGCCUAUUUGCUGGCACCACUCCAGCUAUGGUAGCAGGGCUUCUGGAUAACACAAUAUCCAUGAUUGGUUAUGAAACGUUCAGAGUCAUAUUGUUGACUCUAUCUGGAAAAAAAUUGACAGAAGAACUAAGUUUAUCCCAAAGAGCUGCAGCUGGAUGUUUAACUGCUGGCGUUUCGUGUCUUUAUUUAUGCCCAAUGGAUUUGCUUAAAUGUCAAUUGCAGGCAUGGCGAGAUAUAAGAGAUAUGCAUUCUAGAGCUGGUCUUCAAAUACAGGAUAUAAAACCAUGGAAGUUAAUGAAUUAA